GCUGGCUCGGCUCGGCUCGGCUCGCUCGGGUGUGGAGGGCUUUAUAAUAAACGUCCGCACAUGCCCGUUAGUUCUGAACCCGGUCUCAUCCGCAGACAGUCUGCAGCCUGGUGUGUGUUUUUACUGCUCCAGCAUGUCCUCACACAUUACCACAGACUUGGAACUGGAACUGGGCGAGUUGCUGCAGGAGUUCCAGGAUGUAGUGGAGGAGCUUAAGGCUCCUUCUCACAGUAAACCUGAUGCCUACCAGAACAUCCUGGAGGAGGCCAAAACCCGCACGGGACAGGGGGACGACAGUGGGGUUGAAGAUUCUGAUUACAGCAGUGAAGCUUCUUUGGGAAACAGUUUGAACACCAGCGAGGAGGAGCUUCACACAGCAGGCAUAACGCUGGCACCAAAAGCCAAGCUGGGAGACACAAGGGAACUUGAGAGUUUUAUCGACAUGCUGGAUCGGGAGCUUGCUGAGAUGUGAACAGAGAUGCAAAGCGAGCCACGAGAGGGAGGGAGGGGGGGCAGGCCGGGGGCAACAAUGCUGGCUACUGCAGAGCAGACAAACCGAUCUACAGCAGAACAGAUCUGAGGGAGCAAAUGGUCCCCUGGCUACUUUAGGGGAAAAGGUUAACAUCACAAAUUAAAAGGGCAUUCCAUUCCAAAAUGCAAGCGAACCCACAGAACCCUGGCAGCAACGCCUCGCCUACCUGGCAAGAUGGUGUCCCCGCAGCAUCAGAUCCAACUUAGGCGACACAUUCCCGAAACUGGACAAAGCUUCCAUCUGUCUGAGUGGAUGACAAAGUGCUGCCUGGAGUAUAGAAAGUGUGUUUAUAGCACAUUUAAAAUUCCCACGAGUACUUUGUCAGUAAAGGGCCUUAAAUCCUCAGCGCCAUGCAUUUAUUUUAAAGAGGCUGAUCUUUGUCUUGAAUUAAAUCACAGAUGGCUCAUUGGGUUGAGAUCUGCUGUGUAAUAUCUAAUGUGAUUUUUAUGCUGAUGGUUUCAAUGUACAGUUGUUAAUAUUAUUUUUUAUAUGGAGAAAGUGUUGUACAGAUGAAUGCAUCUAUAAAUAAAGCUAAUAUUUGACUGUA